AUGGAGAAGAGUUGUAUAUCUGUGUUCCUGCUGCUUGUUGCUGUCUCUUAUGCUCUGGCUAAGAAUGAUGGCAAAAGGGAUACAAAAGAAGUAAAAGAGACCAAACCAAAACUGCCUCAAACUCUCUCCAGAGGGUGGGGUGAUAAUCUUAUCUGGACUCAGACCUAUGAAGAAGCGUUGUUCAGAGCCAAGACCGGCAACAAGCCCCUGAUGAUUAUCCACCAUUUAGAGGACUGCCCACACAGUCAAGCACUGAAGAAAGUAUUUGCUGAACACAAAGAAAUACAGAAAUUGGCUGAAAAGUUUGUUCUUCUGAAUCUUGUUUAUGAAACAACUGACAAACAUCUUUCACCUGAUGGCCAGUAUGUCCCUAGAGUUCUGUUUAUAGAUCCCUCCCUGACAGUUAGAGCAGAUAUUACUGGAAGAUACUCAAACCGUCUCUAUGCAUAUGAGCCUUCAGAUAUUUCAUUGUUGUAUUCAAAUAUGCAGAAAGCUCUGAAACUGCUGAAGACUGAAUUAUAA